CAUAUCCAUUUCCCCGAAGGAGGACAGAAGAGGAGAUUUGGACUAUCUGAGCUGUGGAUUUACUGAAAUACUACGAUCAAACCAGCACUGGCUUCACAAACCGAAGGAUAACUUUAUAAGAACUGUGAGUACAAGUGACAGUGAAAGCAACUUUCAGAAAGCUUUAGUUUAUAGAACUGAAUAUUUGACGCAGAAUGGCUACUCAGUCAGAAAUGGCCUGUUCCUGUCCAAUUUGUUCGGAGAUCUUCAAAGAUCCUGUGGUGUUGUCAUGCAGCCACAGCUUCUGCAAGAACUGUUUGCGCAACUGGUGGGCAGAGCAACCACUUCAUGUGUGUCCAGUUUGUAAAAGAAGAUCUUCCAGAGACGAUCCACCCUGUAACCUAGUGCUGAAGAAUGUAUGUGAAGCUUUAAUACAUGAGUUGACACUAAAGGACAAGCCUUCUGCACAGACUGAGACCCUCUGCAGUCAGCACUCGGAGAAACUGAGGCUCUUCUGUCUGGAUCAUCAGCAGCUGGUGUGUCUGGUUUGUCGAGAUUCCAGAACACACAAAAAACACACAUUCAAACCCAUCGAUGAAGCUGCACAGGAUUACAAAGACUUUGUCAAGAAAUCCCUCAAACCUUUACAGGAGGAACUGCAGCGCUUGAAUCAAGUUAAAGUGGAAUGGGAUCAGACGGCUGAGUACAUUUCUGUCCAGGCUCAAAACACAGAGAAGCAGAUUAAGGAAGAGUUUUGGAAAAUGAAGGAGUUUCUGCUGAAGGAAGAACAGGCCAGGAUUUAUGCCCUGAGGAAUGAAGCACAACAGAAGAGCAGCAUGAUGCAGCAGAGGAUUGAAGCUUUGAGUGUAGAAAUGGUGGCUCUGUCAGACACAAUCCAAGCCACAGAGAAGGAGCUGAGAAGUGAAGACGUCUUGUUCCUGCAGAACUACAAAGCUUCAGUCAGACGAGUCCAGGAGCUCCACCCCACUGUGGAUCCAGAACUGCCCUCUGGAACUCUGAUAGACGUGGCCAAACAUGUGGGCAACCUGAGCUUCAACAUCUGGAACAAGAUGAAGCAGAUCGUCUCCUACACGCCUGUGAUUCUGGAUCCAAACACUGCCUGUCCUGAACUUCUCCUGUCGGAUGAUCUGAGGAGCGUGAAAUUUGAGAAACUGGACAAUGAGACGGUGCUUCCCAAAAACCCAGAGAGGUUUCAAGGCUAUUCUGCAGUGCUGGGAUCUGAAGGGUUCACCUCAGGGACAUACAGCUGGGAGGUUAAGAUUGGGGGCAAUCUGAACUGGUCAGUGGGAGUGAUCGGAGAGUCUGCCCCAAGGAAGGGGGAGAUUAGUCACGGAUACUGGGAGAUUUGGUUCAAGGAUGGUGAAUAUAGAGCAUACUCUCCACCAUCUAUUGACAGGGUUCUGUCUUUAAGCAAGCCUCUCCAGAGGAUCAGGGUGCAUCUGGACAUGAACAGGAAAAAACUGUCAUUCUCAGAUCCAGACACUGACACACAUAUCUUCACUUUCACACAUGCGUUCACUGAGAAGGUGUUUCCCUUGUUUAGCAUGAUACACCUAAUGCAACUGAAAAUAUCCCCCAUGAAUAUUACUGCACAGCUGGAGAUGUAGAGGGUUAUAAAGAUGACAUGAGGCAAACCUGUUUAUAUUUCUAACUGAACCUCACAUCAUACAAAUAAAAUACAAUGAAUAUUAAAUCAUUCUAGCUCCAAAUAAAGUAGACUUUACAAACAGCACUUUGCUGUUUAGUGCAACAGUUUAUCAGUGCAAUCAGUUUUCAGUGUCAAAAUGUAAACAUUAUGAAUAUUAUCUGUCACUCACUACUGACAAUCUAAAUAACCCUCAGAAAUUUUGGAAAGUUAUUAAAUCACUUUCCGUAAGUAAAAGUGCUCAGACUCUCCCAACCUAUGUUUUAAAGGACUCUGUUCCAGUUUAUGACGGACAGGAGAUUUUAAAUUGUUUUAAUAAGCAUUUUAUAUCAUCUGGCUCUUUGUUUGACUCGGUGGGAGCUGCUCCUGUGGAAUCUUACACCCACUUCCCAGUAUAUACUGGUGAGCCUUUUAAUUUCUUACCCUUUUCUACUCAGGAAGUUCUUAAAGCUCUUAAAGCAUUGGACCCCAGAAAACCUUCUGGUCCUGACCAAAUGGAUCCUUAUUUUUUAAAGUUGGCAGCAGACUUUAUAGCGGAGCCUCUGACAAUUCUUUUUAACCUUACAGUGGUAAAAAAUGAAAUUCCCUCUGUGUAGAAAUCUGCAUUUGUUCUUCCCUUAUUGAAAGGGGGUGACCCGGCGGUUUUAACUAAUUACAGACCGAUAUCGAAUUUGUCGGUACUAGCCAAAAUUCUUGAAGCUCUUGUGAAUGAGCAGCUAAAGGAGUUUUUAUAUUCUAAUGAUAUCUUAUCAGAAUAUCAGUCAGGUUUCCGAAAAAAACACAGUACUGUCACUGCCGCAGUGAAAGUGACAAAUGACAUCAGAGUUGCGCUUGAUAAGAAACAGCACUGUGCGUCACUUUUUAUUGAUUUGGCCAAAGCAUUUGAUACAGUUGACCACAAUAUUUUAAAACUUAAACUCUGUCAAUCAGGACUCUCACAGGAUGCAAUUGGUUGGUUUUCAAACUACCUGAGUGACCGGACUCAGUGCAUCAAAUUUACUGGCCAGUGUUCUGACUUUGUUGCUGUUCACAAGGGGGUGCCACAGGGCUCUGUAUUAGGUCCCCUCUUAUUUAUUAUUUAUAUUAAUGACCUGGGCAUGCAUACGCCAGGUGCUAAUUUGCAUUUUUAUGCAGAUGAUACAAUUAUAUACUGCUUUGGAUCAACUCUUAUCCAGGCGAUUGAAUCCCUGCAGAAAGCCUUUGUUGCUGUCCAGUAUUCAUUAAUUCAACUGAAACUGGUCCUCAAUGCAGACAAGACUAAACUUAUGUUGUUUUCCAAUUCAAGGACACCUCCGCAAACAUUACCCUCAGUGACCACUCUGGAAGGAAAUGUAAUUGAGGUGGUCCACACAUAUAAAUACCUGGGGGUUUUAAUUGACAACUCCCUCACUUUCAAGCCACAUGAGGAAAACCUUGUGGUGAAAUUGAGGCUAAAGUUGGGAUUUUAUUUUCGUAACAAAUUGUGUUUUUCUUUUAAAGUAAAAAAGCGUCUUGUUGCUGCAACUUUUUUUUUAUCAGUAUUGGAUUAUGGAGAUGUUUUAUACAUGAAUGCUUCUGCUCAGUGCCUACAAAAGGUUGACAGUGUCUACCAUGCUUCCUCGAGGUUUAUUACCAACUGUAAAGCAUCGACUCACCACUGUGAGCUGUAUUCACGGGUAGGAUGGCCUUCUCUGAACACCAGAAGGACCAACCAGUGGUACUUGUUUAUAUACAAGGCCAUACUUGGCCUCUUGCCUGGCUACAUCUGUUCCUUAAAUGAUAAGAGAAAUUCUGAAAAUUAUUCUCUUCGAACAAAUGAGUGGAUUCUGCUGUCUGUUCAAUUUGCCCGUACAGAAAUGGGUCAAAAAGCUUUUAGUUGUUCUGCACCUCAUGUAUGGAAUCAGUUACAGAAAGACUGGAAACUAACUGAAUUGAUUUCUUUGAGCACUUUUAAGUCCAAACUGAGAGUUCUUGAGGCCAAUUCCAUAUCUUGCACUUGCUUUUCUUAAUCUGCCUGUAC